UUCGUUCAGUGUUCUAAUUUUCAUAAACAAAUAUAAUAAAUUUUGAUUAUUUAUUAUAAAUUAGAAAAAAUUUAGAUUUAUCUAAAUUAUAGAAACCCAUACUUUUAACAAACUAAAUAUUGAAAUGCCAUACGGUUUAGCUGUCAUUAAAUCAAUACAACUUAAAACAAAUUCUGGGUGAUUUCCACCAAUAUAGGAUUGAAAUAAUAAAAUAAAAAGAAAUCAUCAUUAUCACCUGUCAAACUUUUGAUAACGCUUGAAAGAAAUCCGUGAAAAUAAAAUUUCAUUUCGCCUAAAACUCAACUCUGUUCAAAGAGAAUUAUAUAAAAAAAACUAUUUUACCCUUGAUAAAGGAUUAAAAAAAAAUAAAACUCCUUAAACGUAACAAAGAAAAAGAGUUUAAUUUUUUUUUACCUAUAAAAACAACAAUAUCGUUGUAAACUACCAAUGAUUACAAGUCAAAAGCACAAAAAGUACAAUAAUAAGUGCAACAACAAUAAAAUUAAUAAGAAUAGUAAUAAAAGUGCGACGAAAAUACAACAAACUAUUAAAUAUUAUUUAGUGAAAAACAACAAACAAUUUCUAUUGCAAUUUUACUAUUUAAAUUCAAAAAUCAAACGUGAAAAUUACAAAUUUAAACGUUUAAAUCACGAACCAUUAUUGCUGAGGUUGACAACACUGAAAAUAGAAGAUACAAAACCAUUAUAACAGCAUAAGCAGCAGCAGCCGCAAAAGCAACAACAAUUCUUAUAACACUAAGUGAAGUGAGUGUGAGUACAAAGAACUCACUAGAAGAUAAGAGGUGAAAGGGAGCAAUAUUUGUAACAGCAACAACAACAACAACAGCGCUACAUAUCAACAACAAUAACAAACGUUGACAUUUUAUUCCCCCAGGCAUAAAUAAAUAAACGCUAUAUUGUUUUUUAUUGUUGUUUUAUAUUCAUUUAAUCUAAAUUUGUUGUUGUGUGCACACGGGACUCACGGUCGCCAAGGUUGUGUGAGUGUGUUUUGUAUUUAACGAAGAGUGACGUUGACAGCUAACAAGCAACAACAACAACAAUACAGCAAUCAUCAUACACAUCCAUAGUAAACCUCCAAACACUCCAACACAAAAUAGUAAACAAGCCAACCAACCAACAGACAAACAAACAAACAUAAACAAACUGGUUGAAUAGACGACGAUUCAAAACAAAACCGGUUCAAAGUGUUCAAACCAAAACAAAAAACCAACUAAAAGCAAAACAAAACACAGCUUUGUUUUUAUUUGGCAUCACUACCAUAACAAAACACCAAAAAAUAGUAGUAAAAAAAGAAAACAAUUCCUACUACAUACAUUUUGGCUUGAAGUGAAAUUUGUUAAAAAAAAUAAUUAAAUAAACACCCCCACCGCUGCAAACCUAAACAUAAGGCAAACAACAAACCUUUAAACAAAAAAAAAAGAAAAUCUUUCUUGAAAUAAACAACAAAAAAAGAGAAAAUUUCCAUAUUUGUCCCAGUUUUGUUUGGUUGCAUUGCAAACAACCACAGCAACAGCAACAGCAACAAACAAGUAAACCAACCUUAAAUCACAGCAAUAACAACCAGUGAAAUACAUUAAAACAACAAUAACAAAAAAACUGCACUGUAGUUUUUUUCAACACAAAACUCUACACGCGAUUUUAAGCACAAAACACGUUUUUUUGGAUUUUGUUUUACAACAACAGCAGCAGCAACAACUACAACAACGAAAGACAUUAUUGUCAUUAACAGCAUCAGCUUUAGUAACAACUACAAUUGAAGUUUGCUGCUGGUUUUUGUGGAUUUUUUUCUGGUGUUAAAAAAAAAUAUAUUUGUGUCUUCGUUCUUAUUUUGGUGUUAAAGAAACUGGAUUUUUCAUUCAAUGUACUCAAUGGUUGAUUGUUACGCAGAUAUGGGACAAAUCGGUCAAGAAUGUUCGGUUCGUGAGUAUAACAUGGAUGAUCUGGAGUUAGAUCAAGUAACGCAGGUGAUUGGUUAUCAUCCCCGUUUUUUGGAUCAUUUCUUAAGAACUCAAAAUUUUAUUAUGAAUGGCGAUGGUCCACUGCCAUAUGAUUAUCGCUACUAUUUGGCCAUAAUUGCUGCAGCCCGCCAUCAAUGCCCCUAUUUGGUGAAGAUGUACGAAAAGGAAUUUAUAAAUCAAGGUGGUAAUCCGGAAUGGCUAAAUGGUCUCGAUUAUAUACCGCCUAAAUUACGUGCCAUAUAUGAGAUCAAUAAAAUUUUAGCCCAUCGUCCGUGGCUGUUGCGUAAGGAGCACAUAGAGAGCCUUACACGGGGUAAGAACAGUUGGUCGCUGUCGGAAGUUGUACAUGCCAUGGUUCUUUUGUCGCAUUUUCAUUCGUUGUCAUCGUUUGUGUUCUCCUGCGGUUUGACACAGAAACUUGAUGGUUUGUCUAGUCCCAAAUUGAAAACACCACCCGCAACACUAACCGCACCACAAACACCCACAGACCCAGCAAUGCAACACCAUAAUUUUUUGGCUGCGGAAAAUGUAACGCAGCAGCCACAAACAAUGAAUGCAGCUGCGAUGCCACCACAACCACAAAAGACUGUAUUAAGCGAAAUAACCUUAAACAACAAUAAUAAUUCUAUUGAUCAUCAUAAUCAUCAAGUGUAUUGUAAUAAUAAUGCAGCAGCAGCCGUUGCUGCCGCCACUGUGUCGCUUAGUAGUGGAGGUGGUGUUGGCGGCGUGACUCUUACAGGUGUUGGUGCAGCCUCAAAUGCUGUUAAUGGCGUCAAUAAAUUAAAUGCUCAACCCAGUGUUACCGUUGAAGCCUUAAUGGAACGCAUGAAAGUUCUCUCCCAAAAACAAGAUGAAUGCAGUGAAGCCGAACUUAGCAAUCGCUUUAAGAAUGUCGAAAUGCAAACGGCUGAACUGCCAGCUGCCGCCACAGCUGCACCCGCUGAAAUACCCCCAGUUAUCUCCCACUAUAUUGAAGAUCCAAAUUUUACGUAUCAAGACUUUGCCCGUCGCGGUGCUGAGAAUAUCCCAAAUACUUUUCGCAUCCAAGAUUAUUCCUGGGAUGAUCAUGGUUAUUCUUUGGUUAAUGGUUUAUAUGAAGAUGUUGGCAAUUUAUUGGAUCAGAAAUUCCGUUGUGCUUACAAUUUGACAUAUUUCACCAUGGCUGGGGUUAAAAAUGUUGAUACUUCAAAGUUCCGUCGUGCCAUUUGGAAUUAUAUUCAAUGUAUUUAUGGCAUUCGUCAUGACGACUACGAUUAUGGCGAAGUUAAUCAACUAUUGGAUCGCUCUUUAAAAAUGUUUAUUAAAACUGCCUGUUGUUUUCCUGAAAGAAUUACCACUAAAGAUUAUGACAGCAUAUUGGUUGAACUGCAGGACAGUGAAAAAGUUCACGUCAAUUUAAUGGUAAUGGAAGCUCGAAAUCAAGCUGAAUUAUUGUAUGCUCUACGCGAAAUAAUGCGUUACAGGACAUGAUCUCAUUAAAUACAAAAAUCAAAUAAUUAAAAAAAAAUUAAAAACAAUUUUUGUAAAACUUUUAAAACAAAAAAAUUAAGAACUUUAUAAAAUACAACCAAUAUACAUACAAUACACACAUACAUGAAAAUAAUAUUAACAAUAUUGUUAACUAAUAUUUAAAGGAAAACUAAAUAAUUAUUAUUUUUUAUAUAAAUAAAGAUUUAAAAAAAAACACUAAAAAAUAUAUGUAAUUAAACAUUUAUACAUAAUAUACUAUCUUUAUACACACAUGCAUACAUAUACAGAAAAGAAAAAGAAAAAAAAAUAUUGUCAAAAAUCACAUGGAAUUUAAAUGUUUAAUAAUAAGUUUAAAAAUCUAAAUUUAAAAGAAAAAUACUAUCAGCAAAUAAAUACCAAAUGUUAAAGAAAAGUGAGGAAGAAACCCAAACAAAUUUACGGAAAAUCAAGUCCUUUAAAAUACAUAUAAAAAAGAGAUUAGUUUAUUAAAAAAUAUAAAUAUCUUUUGUUAUUAAAUAUUGUAUUCAAACAUUAUUUCGAGCAUACAUCUUCAAAAUAUUUUGAACAGUAUGUGGCAAUAGAUUUAAAGAAAACUUGCUUAAUAUAUGUAUUUGAAUAAUAACAAUUUGGUUUAAGCCAACUCCAGUUAGUAAAAUUUCUGAGUUGUAAAUUCUUCAGCCACUUCUCUGUGCUUUAAUUUAUUAUUUAUUUAAAAUUAUUCAAAUUUAAUUUUGUGAUCUCAAUUAAAACUCCGAAUAGAGUUGUUAAUAUCAUAAAUAUUUCACAAAGCUAAAGUGAAAAUACACUUGAAAAGUAAACCAGUGCGGUUACUGCGUAACUCAAUCCGAAAACUAAAAUGUUCGAAAAUGUGUGCUAAAUACAUUGUAAUUCGAAAAGAUUUCCUUUCGAAUCGAAUUAGGGGUGGUAACCCGCCAGUUAAGGUUACAAUCAGCCAGAUUAUUAAUGUCCUUGUCGUAGUUGAAAACUACUCAAAUUUAAAAUAUUUGUUUUACAAUUGCUAACUUUUCACCACAAUUGGAAAGUUAACUAAUAUGUUAACUUUUCACAAGUGACGAUUAAAACAGUUGACGCAAAUGUUCCCGCAGGAAUGAUUUCCUCAAAUGAUUUUCCUGAAAGUAUUUGGUUACUCAGUACUCAAUACUGUCUAUUUAUCCCGGUACUAAAUACCAAAAAGUAACUAACUCCAUAUUUUCAGAGUUGAAUUUUUCAGAACAAUAAGGAACAAAAUUUCAAUAUUUUCCAGUGAAAACCCGCAGCUGUAUUUUUGAAAUACGAAUAUUAUAUGUUAAAUAUUGCUUUGAAAAGUAUCAAUUACACAAAACCAUGUAUUGAGUAGAAAAAGGUAAUAAUAUUUAACAGUUCUACUACACAUAGUUCGGAAACUCUCCUGUCAGAGACCUCAGUUGUCAAAAAUCUAAGUGGUGAGAAUGUAUUAGUAAAAGUUUUAAGUUUUUUUCUAGUUUCCGCUCUAUGUCUGGUUAUUGUUUUUCUCAACGAUAUAAUUCCAAUUAAUAUAAUUUUUGUAAGAGAACUGUCAGUAUAUCGUCAAUAUAAAAAAUAACCGGAUAUUCAGAAAAUGGGGCUAAAUGUUUUUCAAAACUUGUAAAACACUCUACUGAUUUGCAAGUUUUGUUGAUGGUUUUAUUUUUAUGUUCAAUUUCCUACAACAGUCACAGACUCAUCCUUAUGAAUUUGUCCCUCGUUCUAUAUACUAUCUCAAAGAGCAGCAUCCCACCAAAAUUUUGCCACUGCCAAAUAUUAUUGUUUUUAUUUGCAUAUUUGAGAUCUAGUAUUUAUUGCUACAGGGCCAUCUAGUAAACAUUCUUCAUGAGGAAAUCAUACUAAAAUAAUUUGGUUAUAGAAAUAUUUCAACAUCAUUAUAAAUGUUGGGGCCUGAUUCAGAAACACGAAAUUUAUUCACUAAGUUUUCAAAUAAUUUUUGAGUUUUUUUCAAACUCAAAAAGUUUUCAAUCUAUUGCCACAUAUUAUUUAAGAAAUAUGCUUUUUAAAUAAAUAAAUGUUUUUAUUACAUAUUUUAAAUUGUUAUUUAAAAAAACAACAAAUUUUAAUUCAAAAUAAUUCUCUGAUCAGAGAACUUUUUGAAAAAAAAAAACAUCUAAUGUCUGAUUCCGAAACACGCCCGAAAAACAAUUUUCGAAUUUUUGUAUAAAAAUCACUUAGUUUUUAAAUAAUUUUUGAAAAUUGUUUUCGGCCUUAUUCCUAAAUCAGGCACUAAUUUAGAGUAAACUAUUUUAACAAAAAUUGUGAUGUGUUUUUUUAAAUAAAAUGUUUUUGUAACUGAAAUUUUAAAAUUGUCUUAAAAGUUAAUUAAAUAUUGGCUAUUUAAAGCUUAAAAAGUUGUCCAUUAAUUAUGUUUUCUUAUAUUGUAAAAUGAAAACUAAUUAUGAUUUGAAUUUAACAAAUUUGUAUCACUUUUGUUUGGUUUUUAUAAAUAUUUUGUUAUUGCGUUGUAUAUAUAUAUAAAUUUCUUUCCUAGAUCUUUUUUUAUUAUAAUUUUAUGUUAUUAUAUUUUUUUGUAUUUAAAAUUUUUUUAUAAUUGUGCUUCCUCCUCGAUUCAAUGUUAAACAUUGGCUAAAAUUUAUUAAUUACAUACAUACAUACACACAUAUAUUUUUUAAAACAUUUAUUAUCAAAAUGAAAAUAAAUAUAAUAUUAAAAUAAAAAAUA